GAGGUUGGCAGGGGCGUGGUGUGACACCGGACAGGCUGAUGACUCUGUGGAUUCACUCAUGCAUGGUCACACAAUGUGACAGUCCAGACAUGGCUGGAAACGGGAGGCAGCUCCGUUUAACAGAGCCCCAUCUCCGACUCCAAGCCGCCUCCAAAAACUAACAACAACAAAAGGAAAACUUUGCCUUGCGCAAGUUAACGGGCCCGGGACAGACAGCGUGCCAGGCAGACUGAAGACGUUUGUGCAUGAAUGAGUUUGAGAGGCAGCAUUUAAAAAAGAAAGAAAGAAGUUUGUUGGGUUGACAGAGAGGCGACAGGUUGCGGGUUUGGGAUCAGGGAGACAGAGGGAGGGUCGCUGCAGCCGCGGGAGGUCUACACGCUUUUCAACGCACUCAAAUGAUGGCACCAAUGAUGGCAGAUGGAUUUGCUUUUCGUGUUUAAGUAUGACAUCUCCGGUCUAAAGGUAUGACGGAUAAAUACUGCUGUGAAUGCUUUCCUGUGCUUAACUGGGAGUAAAGUGAGAUCAAGUAAAUGAAGAAUGCCAUCAGGUGUCAUACAUAUUGUGAACCCUAGUCGAUGGAUUUAUUACCUUUAAUACAAGAAUAUUUUACCUGUACUUUCUCCAUAGGCUAGAAAUCUUGAAGCAUGGGCGACUGGAGCUUUCUGGGGCGGCUGUUGGAGAACGCUCAGGAGCACUCAACGGUCAUCGGCAAAGUCUGGCUGACUGUCCUCUUCAUCUUCAGGAUCCUGGUGCUGGGGGCUGCGGCUGAAGAAGUCUGGGGAGACGAGCAGUCCGACUUCACCUGUAACACGCAGCAGCCCGGUUGCGAGAACGUCUGCUACGACGAGGCCUUCCCCAUCUCGCACAUCCGCUUCUGGGUGCUGCAGAUCAUCUUCGUGUCCACGCCGACUCUCAUCUACCUGGGCCAUGUGCUACACAUCGUCCGCAUGGAGGAGAAGCGGAAAGAGAAGGAGGAGGAGCUGCGCAAAGCAAACAGGUUCCAAGAGGAGAAAGAACUCCUUUAUAAAAAUGGUGGAGAAGUUGGAGGAGGAGGAGGAGGCGGCAAGAAGGAGAAGCCGCCAAUCAGGGACGAGCAUGGCAAAAUCCGUAUCAGAGGCGCAUUGCUGCGGACCUAUGUGUUCAACAUUAUUUUCAAGACUCUGUUUGAAGUGGGAUUCAUUUUGGGCCAGUAUUUACUCUAUGGCUUCCAGCUGAGGCCCCUGUACAAGUGUGCACGUUGGCCCUGCCCCAACACCGUUGACUGCUUCAUAUCGAGGCCCACUGAAAAGACAAUUUUUAUUAUAUUUAUGCUUGUGGUGGCUUGCGUGUCUCUUUUGCUGAAUUUGUUAGAGAUCUAUCACCUUGGAUGGAAGAAAGUUAAACAGGGCAUGACAAAUGAGUUUGCCCCCGACCACGAGUCGCUGCGGCGUGUCAACAUUGCAGAGCCUGAGUGUUUGGCCUCGGCCUCCAGAACUGCCCCAUCCAGCCUCAGCUACCCUACCAACUACACAGAUGUGAAGGCGGGCAGCGGGGCGUUCCUGCCGCCCAUGGGGCCGGCAGCCGUGCCCUCAGCAGCGGAGUUCAAAAUGGACGAACUCCAGCAGGAGGAGUCCCACCGUCGGCCCUCCCCCUCUUCCCACUACUACAUAAGCAACAACAACAACCACAGGCUGGCCACGCAGCAGAACUGGGCCAACUUGGCCACCGAGCAGCAGACUCGGGAGAUGAAGGCCACCUCCCCAUCCCCCUCCUCCUCUUCCUCCACCAGCACCAACAAGCAGCAGCAGCAGCAGCAGCAGCAGCAACCCGUCGAUGCUGCACCGCUCCAACCAACCAGCAACACCACCAGUAACACCAACAUCACCAAUUCAACUGCCACUGCCGCCUCCAGCAGCAGCAGCAGCAGCAGCAGCAGCCAUGGCACUGCAUCCAACGCAGGCAGCUGGAGUGGAGGGAGGAGCGAGCAGGAAGAAGGCCACGUCACCACCACCACUGUGGAGAUGCACGAGCCUCCGGUAACGGUCAGCACAGACCCUCGGCGGCUCAGUCGGGCCAGCAAGAGCAGCAGCAUCAGGGCCAGGCCGAGCGACCUGGCUGUCUAAAUCUCUUCAGCCCUUUCAUGUCCCUAAACCCUCCCUGACCAACACCCCGCUUCCCCCAGACCCCACCCCCAAAACACAGUGAUUCUCAGACAAAACGAUCUCACACAUGCAUAGAGCAAAAAAAAAACUAACACAAAAAAAACGCAAAAAAAUCAAAAAACAAAAGAAGGCAAGAUGACAAGAGACAGGAAAUCAGAAUAACAGAAAAGGUUUAGGCAAAUGUGAAAUGACUUGAUCAUCAGCAGUUGUUGAUUUAGUGCAAUCGGUGAGUUGCAGAGUAUUUGAGGCAGGUUUUAUUUAUUUUAUUUUUUUACAAUUUGAUCAUGCAGUGCUAUGAAGUCAGAAGGCUCUGCGCACAGUGAUGGAUGGAGAGAAUGACACUGUAAUGUCAUAAUUUUGCAUCAAAAUGGACACUUCUCACCAACGUGUUUGGUUUGGGGGGAAGAUCUCAUGGUGUUCCUCUAUUUUCUUCUUUUUGUUGAGGCUAAAGGACUAACGAUUACAAAUGAAAAUUAUCAUUUGUCAAAACUAUGACUGAAUAUUUUUUUUUUAUCUGGAGGAAGCACAGGUAGCUGGCAUUGUUGUACAGAUCAGUUAUUUGAUGUGUAGCCAGAUGAUUCGCUCAUAUAUCUUGUUCAUCAGUUCUAUCUGGUUUCACAGUCAAAUCGGCAGCGCAAACGUGCACUGCGUGUUGCACUACGUGUCAACAGCUUGUUCCAGCGUUUGUCCUUUGACCUGGAAGGCCUUUUGUUGCAGCACUUCCUGAAUGUUACGAAACAAACACCUUUUACGUUAAACAUAAUUCAUCCAGGAAGAAAUUUCAUCAACAAACAUUACAUGUAUUGUCUUCCUUGUAGUUGUGCAUGCCAGCAUGUGCAGCCCUACAACUCACCGAUUCACUGAUCAAUUUUCAUGGCAAAGCUGGCUAGCUUGGUUUUACCCAUGAUCCAUUGCAGCGCUUCUUGCACAGAGACAAUGCAUAUUUUAAUUAAGAUGGAAUGGACUGAUGUGAUACUCCCAGAGUCCUAAAAAUAAACGGACAGGAUAUGGGUCAAAACUGCUGGUAGAAGUCAUCACUGUGAUGCCCAGAAUGCACCUGGAUCCUUACGAGCACAUAGUCAAUAACAUAGAGAUCUAAACGUUCCGACCAAUGCUGUUAGUUUACAAAAGAGGAAAAUAGGAGCAGGGUCCCUUGCGCCUGCGUCUGUCAGCGUCGCCUUCAGUCAACAAAAAUGCUUUCCAUUAAAUGCACAAAUGACAAGAUAUUGCCUUCAAAUAAUCUUAAAGCAAAUACAUGGAAGCCACCGUCUGAUAUAAAGAAAAAACAUAUUCCCUGUGUUCAGUCAGACAACCUCCCAAAGCUCCUUUGGUCAGACUUUAAACUGCUAUUUCCUUUAGUUAGAUUUUUGGCAGAUAUUUUUGCCCUCAAACGUACAAUCAAACUUCAUCACAUCUCAAGAUUAAGAGCAACUUUGGGAGUGAUUUCCGCCAUCACACAUUUCACAUGCUUCGUCAUUGGUUUUAUUCUUAAAAGUGCUAUUUUUUUUAAAUUGAAUUUUACUCAUAAAUUGCAUACUUGUAGUAGUCAGUUUGUGAUUGCGAAACAGCUACGAUUUAUUCAAAAUAGACAACAUGACUUGGCGUUGCGAGUAUCAAAACGCCACGGUGCAGUCUACCUUGACGGCUUCUAUUUUGUUGUGUUCAUCUUGAUACUUAGAGAUCUUUAGAAACCCAAACUUUUAACUGAAUUUACGAGCAGCCGCAGUCCUCUGUCUCUGUUGUGUUACUGUGCUGUUUGGUUCGUUCACAACCCAGGCACUCACUUUCAAAAACCCCUUUUUUUUCUUUUUUUUUAGCUUUACAGCAACCAACCACUGUAUUAUUCUGUGAGUUCACCUCUGGGGCAAAGUUGAAAGUACAAAGUAAGACUGUGUGAAAACUCAAUCAUCUGCAUUGGACAUAUUGCACUCACAGGGCAUAACAGCAUGAUUAAGUACUAAUGUUUGUGCACAGUAUUUUAUAGGAGCAAUACUUUUCCAGCAGUUAAUGUGCAGGUUAAUACACUGGAGUAAGAGCAAAGUGGUACCAGCUGUUUAUUUUUAUUUUUAGGGGGGUGGGGGUUAAAAAAUGAUGGUACUGUAUGGUGUAAGAGUAUCUGUACCCAUAUAGGUAUAAUGUCUCAUACUCUAGUUUACUUAAGUUGCUUAAAUGACAUUUGGUACAAACAGAAACAAAAAGAGGAGAAUAAACACCCACACAACACAUAGUUAAAAACAGCCUUUCCCAAUCCAUGUUUCUUGUUCAAAAUGACAAAAAAAAUAAUAAUCUGUGUUAUCUGCAUUUGUUUUUGAUCCCUAAAGUUUACAUUUUGGUAGUUGAUAAAGAUUUGCACAUUUAGGAAAGAAAAAUUGCUGUUCUACAAUGCUAAUAUUGGUAGUGGUAGUAGAGAGAGAGAGAGUGUAAGAGAGAGAGAGAGAGAGAGAGAGAGAGAGAGAGAGAGAGAGUGUAAGAGAGAGAGAGAGAGAGAGAGUAUGCGUGAUGAGAAAACUGCCAAUCUCUAUGAUCCUCAAAGGAAAAAAUGUCUUAAAACUAAAACGCAGUGGCUCUUCCCAGAAAAUAUUUUUUCUCAAGCUCAGAUAAUGUUGAGUUUGAAGAUUUAAAAAAAUAAAAACAGCGAGAGAGAGAAAAUGGGGUAUUUUUCUGUGUGUUCACUCAGUAUGUUCUCACAGACUGGUCGAGACUCUGGUUAGAUGUCAUAUCAGAAGACUCCCCUGUUGAGAGAAUGUUAGCUGGGUAGCUGGCCCUUCCCUAACCCCGCAUAAGAUGCCCUGGCAGGAUGUUGUGUUCAAAGCCCAUCGUCUGCGUGACUCCUCCAAAACUCUCUCCUCUUACGUUUCAUGCAGAGCAAGAUAUCUCUGGCUCGUCAGGGAGUAUAGGAACCAUCUCACAAUGCUCAGAACAGCAACCUGUUUUCAAUGCUGUCUUAAACAAGAGAAGUGCCUUGUGUAUGAAUGAUUCUUUUGUAAGAACAAGUUGAUGUAAAUGUUCAUUUACCUCAAAUGUUUACAAAACUGUUACUAAAUAAAUUUUUUGUACCAUA